AUGGUUCUAAUCCUCGAGGAUGAUGCGCAGAAAAGAGACGGCGUUGGUGGUAUAAACUCGGCCGUCUCAGUUCCACCACGAGUAACACCACCCAAAUUUUGCAUCGGUGCUGUUUUCGUUAGGCGUGUAUCGGUUGGCAAUGUCAUUACACUGAUGAGUAAUUCAAAAUGUUUGCAAGCAACUCAUAUCAAACCUAGCUCAGGCGGUGAGUUUAUUAGUAACAAAACCGUCACUAGUGUAAACGCCACCAAUAUAUUUGGUAAAAAAAAGUUGAAAAUAAGCUCCAAAGAGAAGAAAACUGCUGAAAUAACCGUCUUAGUGGGCGACGGUGAGGAUGCACACGCGCAACAGCACUGUAACAGUGAAGCGCAGCGGGCGUGGCCUCAAGGCUGCCCUCUCAAACAGCUCAAGCGUAAGUUCUCCUUACACAGGCUGAGGCUACGCUCAGUCCUAGCCUAA